CUCCAACGAAGCCAGCGCUGCCGAAACCAGCGCUGCCGUUUUUUUGGUGCCAAGCGCGAUAGAGCAAACGCGCGAGAUCCAAGCGAGCAUCCGCGCCCUUCGCGAAACCAUCACCGAGACCACCACCAAUAACAUGGCGAAGCCCUCGCCCUCGACCUUUGCGUCCACCAUAAUUCCGACCACCGAAGACCUAUACCUGCGUGAUCUGCGGCGUCAGUUUGUUUCAAUCAGCCCACAACCCGGCAGCGCACAGCCGCUGCCGCGGUCGAUGCGCAAACUCGAGGAGCUCUUCCAAGCACUUGAGCACACCAUUCUUUUUGACUCUAAGGAUGCAUCCAUGGGGGUCAUCUACCACCGCAUCCGCAAGAGCGUCGAGGUCAUGGCUAAACGCACUUUUGGAUGGCACGAGCUUGGGCAGAUUCUCGCAGUAUACCCGGAAUCAUACACGUUUGGGGCCCUGCCCACUAUGCAUGAGGGCCGCAGGGUGGUUUCGGUCGAGCUUAAGCCUAGAGCUCAUGGGCUGCAGAUGGCUGUGGAGAUGGAGAGGAGGAGGGUGGAGUUCCGGAAGAGAUUGGUAAGGAUUGUGGAGGCCGAGCAUGGGGGUUUUUGGCCAGGCGUGGGUACACGGAGACGGAUAUUAGCGCGGUGCGAGGAUGGCAUCCGGAGUUUGAUAUCGAGACUACCCCGAUGGUCACCCCCAUUGCGAUGCCGCCGGCGACAUUGCCCUUGGGCAACCAGUCGGCUAGCCCGUUGGUGGCCACGUUCGACCGCAACCGCCUCAAGCAUCUACUAGGCCAGACCACUGCGGCACUUCCCAGGCCCCCGCCCAGGAGCAAGCCGACCUAGUUCCGGAACCAACCACUGCAGCGGCAGCGGCAUUGGCAGCAACAAAGGCAGCAGCGGCAGCGAUUCCCAAGGAAAAGCCUAUUACAAAGGCGCAAGAGCUGCUCGAACGCAUCCGCGCCAAGCAGCGUGCCAAAGAACUCCAGAAACAAAACGAAGCGCCUGUAGUGCCCGCAUCCACGCGUACAAUGCAUUCUCGCCUUCCGGGUAUCCUUGAAGCUUUGUCUUUUAUGUUUUACUCGGAGCGCAAAUCCGUGCUGCCGUUCUUCUUCGUCGCUGACCGGAUUGCGGAGACAAAGGGGCUGGAUAAG